AUGCAGUCCAUACUUCAAUAUCGACGAUUCGGCAAUCUUGCGGAAGAGCAGCUUGCAACAGACCCCGAGAAGGGUCUCGGAUCACGGAAACCGAGUUUAAAAUGCAAAAAACACUUCCCAGCAAACGACAGUGGUUCAAAAGCUUCCGUAGCAGGUGAUGAAGUGUCCAUGGUGUCAAGUCAAGAUACAUCGCCGAAUUCCCGCCGGCCAAGAGAAACAUACGAAGACGAGAAAGUAUCCAUAAACCCAAGCGCGGAUCCAUUGAAUAGGAGUGUUACAACUGAGGCAGGUGGAGAGGAUACCUCCAAUGUUUCGAAAACGGUUCCUGUUGGGUUCGAACCUGAAAAUGAUCCCAUGAAUCCACGCGAUUGGAGCUUCGGCAAGCGACUCAUGGUAACUAUCGUGGUUUCGUUCAUGGGCGUCAUUGUGGGAUGGUCUUCAUCUAUCGAUUCGGGUAUAAUACCACAGUAUGCCGAGGAGUUUGGUGUAAGCGAGGUAGUGGCGUCUUUACCUACAGGAUUGUUUCUGGUCGGGUUCGGAACAGGGGCAGUGAUGAGUGGCCCAUUCUCAGAGACCGUGGGGAGGAAUCCCAUCUAUAUCAUCACCUUGAUUGUAUUCAUGCUCCUGCUAGUAGGAGCUGGGUUGGCUCAAAACCUCGCUGGACAGCUAGUAUCUCGGACGUUGGCAGGUAUCUUCGCUGCGACACCACUCGCGUGCGCUGGUGGUACUAUUGCCGAUGUCUGGACACCCGAAGAACAAGUAUUUACAUUUCCAAUUUACGCUAUCAUCUCUUUUUCCGGCCCAGUGCUAGGACCCGUGGUCGGAGGCUGGAUCGGACAGUCGAACCUCAGCUGGCGAUGGACAGAAUGGGUCACACUGAUAGGUGCAGGAAUCAUUCUUGUUACCGUCAUCUUGUUCCAGCCCGAAACCUAUGCGCCUAUCUUGUUAAAAUGGAAAGCUAUACACCUUCGUCGUGUGACCGGAGACGAUCGCUACCGAGCAGAGAUCGAGCUCAGACAGACAUCGCUACCCGCAAGAUUGCUGCUAGCCAUGUAUCGACCAGUGGUAAUGCUCUUCCAAGAGCCCACCAUCUUCCUCUUUUCCUUAUACCUAACAGUGGCAUACAUCAUAAUUUUCACCUUCUUCACCGGCUACGAGUUCAUCUACGAAGGAAUCUACGGCCUAACACAAGGCGAAACAGCUCUCUGCUUCCUGGGCCUAGCCAUAGGACUCCUACUUUGCAUCCCUCUAAUCCCGCUCAACGCAAAGCUACGCUCGCGCGACAUCACACGCACCAAAGAAACAGAUCCCGCAGGGAAAGCACCACCAGAAAGCCGUUUAUACUGGGCAACGAUCGGCGCUCCGGCUCUGCCUAUCUCGAUGUUUUGGAUGGCUUGGACAGCACGGGUGGGUAUACCGUUCUGGUCAACCCUUGCAGCAUCGGUGUUGACCGCAUUUGGUAUGCUUUGCAUAUUUAUCACUUGCUACCAGUAUCUGAUUGACACGUAUGGGACUUAUGCGGCAAGUGCGCUCUCGAGUUUGACCUUGAUGCGCUAUCUGGUUUCUGGAGCUAUGAUUGAGGUGUCGAUUCCGUUUUAUAAGAAUAUGGGGGUGCCGUAUACGCUUACUAUUCUGGGGUGCAUUAGUGCUGUUCUUGUGCCGAUUCCGUAUGUUUUCUAUAAGUAUGGACCAGAGAUUCGGAAGAGGAGUAGGUAUGGCAGGAAUUCUUGUUAG